AUGGUUACAGAUAAAGACGGAGUAAAGCGAUGGAAGAGGGUCGAAGUGAGGAUCAAAGAUCAUGUCCAUGUUCCGGUUUUCGCCUCCGGAAUGUCAACACAAUUUUACGAUGAAUGUCUUGAUGAUUAUCUUUCGAAAAUGGCAAUGGAACAAUUACCUCAAAGCCAGCCAUUAUGGGAAUGUCAUUUAAUAAAAUACCCCACAAGUCAUGCAGCUAGUAACAUAGUGUUCAAGCUUCACCACUCGCUUGGAGAUGGCUUCUCUUUAAUGGGAGCUCUCCUUUCUUGUUUACAAAGAGCUGAUAAUCCUUCUAUUCCGUUAACAUUUCCUUCUGUUAAAUUGCACACCAAUAAAAAUGGCACAAAUUUUAGCAUGUUCAGGAAUGUGCUUAGAUUUUUCUCUUCAGUUUCCAACACUGUAUCGGAUUUUUGUUCAAGCAUUGUAAAGAGUUCUUUGGUUGAGGAUGACAAGACACCAAUAAGAUCUGGGCGUUCUGGGGUAGAGUUUCUUCCUGUUUCCAUAGCAACAAUGACUUUCUCUCUUGACCAUAUUAAGCAAAUCAAGGCCAAGCUUGGAGUGACAUUAAAUGAUGUGAUUACUGGAGCAAUAUUCUUGGGAACUAGAUUGUACAUGGAAACAAUGAGUCAAGGAUCAGGCAAUGCAUGUAGUACAUCAUUGGUUCUGCUUAACACAAGAAUGUAUGGAGGCUACACCUCAGUUGAAGAAAUGGUAAAACCUGACGCUGAGUUGCCUUGGGGGAACCAUUUUGCCUUCUUGAACACGCCAAUUCCCAAGUUAAGAGAUGCUGAGGCCAAGAAUAAUCCCCUACAAUUUGUCUUCAAUGCAAGAAAAAUCAUCCAGAACAAGAGAAGCUCUUUUGGUGUUUACCUCACUGCCAAAUAUCUUCAACUUGUUGAGAAAUUUCGUGGUCCAAAGGGAGCAUCUAAAUACAUACAUAGAACGCUGGAGAAUACAAGCAUGGGAAUCACAAAUGUAAUGGGGCCAAUGGAGCAGAUAGCCGUCGCCAAUCAUCCAAUUAGUGGACUAUACUUUGUGGUGACAGGGUCACCUCAGAGCCUUAUGGCAGGAAUAAUGAGCUACGUGGGAAAGCUUAGAGUUGCUUUGCUAGUAGAAAAAGACUUCAUUGAUCCAAAAAAGCUCAAGUCGGACAUAGAAAAUGCAUUUGACAUGAUUUUCAAAGCUGCAUGUGAAGGAAGUACUCCACCGGCCGAUUAA